GGAGCACCUAGCCUGAGGACCGGCACUGUUCCCUGGACAGCCAACAGACCACUUUGGAGAAACACGGUCACCUAGCCUGAGGACCGGCACUGUUCCCUGGACAGCCAACAGACCACUUUGGAGCAACACGGUCACCUAGCCUGAGGACCGGCACUGUUCCCUGGACAGCCAACAGACCACUUUGGAGAAACACGGUCACCUAGCCUGAGGACCGGCACUGUUCCCUGGACAGCCAACAGACCACUUUGGAGAAACACGGUCACCUAGCCUGAGGACCGGCACUGUUCCCUGGACAGCCAACAGACCACUUUGGAGAAACACGGUCAGAGUGUUACUGCUACCCCCUACUCCAGGACGGGACGGCCGGAGACAUGGACCCCCGCCUGGCCCAGUCUGUUCAGACUGAGAAAGAUGCUAAAACAGAAGGUGUUGUUGUGGAUGCUGAGCUGGCAGCGGCCAUCAUGUCCAGGAGGAUCGUCCAGACUCUGAUCAGCAUGGAGGCCUGGGAGGGAUACGCCUUCGCUGAACACCAGAUCAAUAUCAAGGAGUCACAUGACCUCUACGGAGCUGUGAUGUGGCCCUCGGCCAUAGUGCUGUGUUACUUCCUGGAUACCCACCGGGACACAUACAACCUGCUGGACAAGAACGUCAUCGAGCUGGGCGCCGGGACCGGUCUGGUCUCCAUAGUUACCAGCCUUCUAGGUGCCAAGGUGACGUCCACGGACCUGCCGGAGGUGCUGAGUAACCUGCAGUAUAACGUACUCCGUAACACCAGGGGGCGCUGUAGACACACUCCUCGUGUCACUGAGCUGUCCUGGGGGCAGGAGCUGGAACAACGCUUCCCUCGGGCUACCUGUCUCUACGACUACGUGUUCGCUGCUGACGUGGUGUACUGCCACCCGCACCUGGUGGAGCUCCUGGACACCUUCGAUCACCUGUGUCAGGACGGGACGGAGAUCCUCUGGGCCAUGAGGUUCCGUCUGGACAGAGAGAACCGGUUUGUAGAACGGUUCCAGGGCAGGUUCCAUCUGGAAGAGCUGUAUGAUCUGCCCAGUCUCAGUAUCAAACUGUACCGAGCAUCGAGGAAGGAGAUGAGGAGGAAGACGGACUCAGAGAACCAACCAAGCCAUUGUCGAGAAGGACGUCACACUUGACUCUUGAAGGUCAUUUACCCUUGAGCCGUCAUCCACAGCAUUUGGGGUAAUUGUAGUGUUUCUUCAGCCCGUUAUCUUUUGUUGUAGCUGUCCUCUUUACAGAGGUUACUGUCAUCUUUACAGAGGUUACUGUCCUCUUUACAGAGGUUACUGUCCUCUUUACAGAGGUUACUGUCCUCUUUACAGAGGUUACUGUCCUCUUUACAGAGGUUACUGUCAACUUUACAGAGGUUACUGUCAACUGUACAGAGGUUACUGUAAACUUUACAGAUGUUACUGUAAACUUUGCAGAGGUUACUCUCCUCUUUGUAGAGGUUUAUGUCAUAUUUACAGAGGUUACUGUCCUCUUUGCAGAGGUUACUGUCAACUUUACAUAGGUUACUGUCAACUUUACAGAGGUUAAUGUCAACUUUACAGAUGUUACUGUCCUCUUUGUAGAGGUUACUGUCAUCUUUACAGAGGUUACUGUCCUCUUUACAGGGGUUACUGUCCUCUUUACAGAGGUUACUGUCAUCUUUACAGAGGUUACUGUCAUCUUUACAGAGGUUACUGUCCUCUUUACAGAUGUUACUGUAAACUUUGCAGAGGUUACUCUCCUCUUUGUAGAGGUUUCUGUCAUCUUUACAGAGGUUACUGUCCUCUUUACAGAGGUUAUUGUCCUCUUUACAGUGGUUACUGUCAUCUUUACAGAGGUUACUGUCCUCUUUACAGAGGUUACUGUCAACUUUACAGAGGUUAAUGUCAACUGUACAGAGGUUAAUGUCAACUGUACAGAGGUUACUGUCAACUGUACAGAGGUUACUGUCAACUGUACAGAGGUUACUGUAAUCUGUACAGAGGUUACUGUCAACUGUACAGAGGUUACUGUAAACUUAGCAGAUGUUACUGUAAACUUUGCAGAGGUUACUCUCCUCUUUGUAGAGGUUUCUGUCAUCUUUACAUAGGUUACUGUCCUCUUUGCAGAGGUUACUGUCAUCUUUACAGAUGUUACUGUCAUCUUUACAUAUGUUACUGUCAACUUUACAUAGGUUACUGUCAACUUUACAGAGGUUAAUGUCAACUUUACAGAUGUUACUGUCCUCUUUUUAGAGGUUACUGACAUCUUUACAGAGGUUACUGUCAUCUUUACAGAUAUUACUGUCCUCUUUACAGAGGUUAAAUGAACUCUCCUUCCCUUCAUGUCUAGGCAGAUCUGUAUGAUUGUUUUCUCUACUAUUAUUCAGUUGUAUUUCUGAUUUGAAGAUGUUCACUACAUGACCAGAAGGAUAUAUAGUGUGUGCUGCACAUGAUGUACUGCUGUACAUAUCAAGACCUGCUGCACAUGAUGUAUUGCUGUUUCCUGAAGUUUAUGUCCAUACAAUGAACACUAUUUACUUUGUAUUAUGUUGUUCAUUUGCUUUAUACAGUAAUUUAUCAA